AUGGACGAUAAAGUCGCCGCGCGGAAGAAGCAGGAGACGGAGAUCCUCGCCGCCGCGGCCAAGGCGGGAAAGACGUUCGACUCCGCCGCGGAAGCGAGCGCGUGGGCGGCGGCGGAGGCGAAAGCGCUCAGAGACCCCGCGCCGAUGACGGACGUCGACGCGUCGAAUUCGAAAAAGAAGAAGACGAUCGCGAAGCGAAACAGAGCGGGGGUGGCGUGGAACCCGGACACGGACGGCGAGCCGCCCGCCGAGCUGUCGCCCGUCGAUUCGAAUUCGAACGUAGAAGUCGUCGACGCGCCGCCGCCGACGCGCGAGGAGAUCGUCGCCGCGGCGCUCGCGAAGAUGACCGCGAACGAGCGCACCGAGGCGCGCGCUCGAGCGUCGCACGGUUGGGCGGGUGACUUCUCAGGCGCCUUCGUGAAGGGCCCGCAACCUGGCGCGACGCACGCGCGCGGCCCGAAAGCGUCGUGGCUCGAGAAACCCAGGGACGACGCCGGCGAGGUCGUCGUCGACCCGGACGCGGACGCGGACGGCCCGCUCGCGGUCGAGUUCAUCGGCCCGAACGCCGCGGAGCUCGAAUACGCCGCGUUGCACCCGGCGUCGAAACCGUGGCUCGACUUGGAAGGGAAAGAACACGCGAGACGCGAGACGGAGGACCGCGUGGAGCCAGGAGACGCGUCCGCGGCGGCCGCGCGCGCGAAGCUGGUCGGGAUGAAACCCACGGACCCGGGCGUCGUCGGCGCGGCGAAGAAGGUGCUGGAGUGCGAGUUCAUCGGGCCGCUGGCGGACGAGCACGCGUUCCUCGCGGUGUUUCCGGACGAGCCGUCGCCGCUGGAGAACCCUAAACCGAACCCUAAACCGGACGAGAGCCUGCCGUUCGAUCAGACCCACGGCGCCGCGGGUCUCCUCGAGCUCGACCUCGAGUUCAUCGGCGCGAACAAGAAGGAGCUGACGUUUAAGGCGCUGCAUCCGGACGAGCCGUACGCGCCGACGCCGGAGCCCGAGGAGGACGAGGAGGAGGCGACGAAAAAGUUGAUGGCGGCGACCAAGGCGCUCGUGGCGACGUUCAUCGGGCCGAACGCGAAGGAGCUCACGUUCAAGGCGCAGAACCCGGACGCGGAGUACGUCCCGGAGGAGGAGGGUGGUCCGGAAGAUGAAACGGCGCGGGAGGAGAUGUGGGAUCCGAAGAGGCACGCGUUCGACGAGCCGGAGCCGGAGAAGAAGAAGCUCGUCGCGACGUUCGUGGGACCCAACGCGAAAGAGCUGACGUUCAAGGCGAAGCACCCGGACCUGGAGUACGACCCGAACGCGCCGGGCAGCGACGACGACGACGACGAGGGCGAGGAUGGAGAAGACGAAGCGGCAGAAAAGGAAGAAGAUGAACCGUCGCGAGUGGACGAAGCCGCGCUGGACGACGACGUCGUGUUCGACGCGACGUUCGAGGCGAGCGCGACGGCGCGGAGGCUCGCGGAGGAGGCGCUCCGCGAGGCGACCGACCGCGGCCGACCGCAGCUGCACCAGGAGCGGUCCGACGACGAGGCCGACGCGGAGGAAUCCAACGCGAAGGAAUCAUCCGCGACGGUUGACGUUUCGAAUCCCCCGGAGGCGGCGCUCCCCGCCGGCCUCGCGCCCACGCCGUCGCUCGAAUCGCGCCUGCGCUCCGCCGUCGACGACAAGGCGCUCGCCGAAUUCCUCACGAAGACGGGCGCGGCGCUCCCGCCCGCGCUGCGCGCGGUCUGCACCGGCGACGAGGUGGCGCAGCUGGAGACGAUCCGACGCGUCCUCGACGCCGAGGCGGCGGUGCGCGAAGGGCGAACCGCGGUGGUGCCCGCGGGCGAGGCGCGCGCGGUGCAAGCCGCCGCGGGGCUGCUUCUCGCGGACCGCGGCGCCGUCGAGAGCUUCGCGCGGUUGAAGAUGCAUCUGGUGAAGGGCGACGCCGCCGCGAGCGCGACGCGGCGCGCGGUGGAGGAUGGGAAGGAGGCCGCGGCGGCGGCGACGGCGGCGGCGGGACGCGAGGGCGGCGGCGGCGGCGGCGGCGAUUUGAAUCCGUGGGCGUCGCCUUCGAAGAAGGACGACGACGGCUCCGGGUCGUCGCCGACGCGGGAGGAGAUCAUCGCCGAGGGCGCGCGGUUGUCGUCCGUCGCCGGCGGCGGCGACGGCGCGGACGUUGAUUUUAAGGAGGAGGCGGCGCCGUUGUUGGACGCGGUGAAGGGCCGCGUCAAGGACGCGUUUCGGUCGUGAGGGGCGCGAUGUACAGAUAGGGAUUAACGCGACGUCGAUGAAGUAGAUUUUAUCAUGCACAGCUGUCGUCGUUC